AAGCUAAAAAAAAAAAAACUCCUAUUUUAACUGUCAAAAUAAUUUUUUUUAGCAAAAGUCAUUUCUUGUUUAUCCAUGGCUUCCAUAAGACCAUUACAUUCACUUUUUUCUCCACUCAAACAAACAAUUCCUUCUUUGGUUCCACUGAUUAAUUCAAUUUCUUUCACUUCUUGUUGUUGUUGUUCACAUUUGAGACAAGUUGCUACUUUUGUAUCAUUCAAUCCAUCUGGGAAUUUUGACCUCUCCCUUUAUGAUGACCAAGAUAAUACAGAAGCACCUCCACCAAUGCCACCAACAGAAGGUAGAUACGAAGUAGUAAUAGAUAAUGACAUUAUUCAAAGUCUUGAUUUAUCCCCAUUUCAGAAUGCCACUGGGAUAUCUUCAUCCUCAUCUGCCAAGCCAAAAGAGUUUAUGGAAAAGACAAUUGGUUUUACAAUCAAUUACCAAAGGGAAGACAAAUAUGAUCAAAGGGAAUUAUCAGAAUUUCCAGAUAUAAGACUAUGGUUUGUUCAAUUAGAUGCUACUUAUCCAUGGUUACCAGUUUUAUUGGAUUGGAGAGCUGGAGAACUUGCACGUUAUGCAGCAAUGUUGGUACCCCAUCAGAUGAGUAUGAAAAUGGGAGUAGUGUUCAAUCCAGAAGCAUUGGAAUUGUUUGUGAUGAAUAAAGUGUUUGUAGUGUAUUCUUGGUUGAAGAGACAUGAGAUUCCAAUGCCAAGGCUCAAGACCAAAGACAUGGCAAGAAUGCUUGGUUUUGGGAUUGGUGAUGAACUUUUUGACUUGAUUGAUAAAAAUUCUAUUGAUCCUUCAUAAAAGUUGAUGCAAGUCGAGUUUUCUCAAAACCUUGUACACUAAAUCAAGCUAAGAAAUCUGUAGACAUUUCAUCGGAAGCUUAGAGGGUGCUUGAGAUAAAGAUUUGAAGGUCAAUAAUUUGCUAAAGGGAGGUACAGAGGGUGGUGGGGGGGUGGGGGCGCAUGUAAACGAAAAGACUAGACUUCUAUUCUUUUAUCUUUAAUUUCCUAUUCUUAGAGUUAGAGUUUCGAUUUUUGCAUUUUUCAUAUUGCACCAACAGUUAGUUGGAUCUUUUUAUAAAAUAAUUUGAAAUUGUUGAAUAUAAGAUGCUUCUUUUGUCUA